AUGGGAAGCCCGGUAUCACCCAUUGUAGCCAAUCUAUACAUGGAGUGGCUGGAGCAACGCGCCAUAGCCACAGCACCACAAGACUGUAAGCCAAGGAUUUGGAAACGAUACGUCGAUGACAUAUUCGAGGUUAUCAGAAGAGGGGCUACCCAGCGGAUCACCGACCACAUCAACACCAUCGAUGAGACAGGGAACACCAAGUUCACGUUCGAGGAAGAAGUAAAUGGAAGUCUACCAUUCCUGGACCUUCUAGCCACAAGAACGGAGAGCGGUGUUUUGAAAACCACAGUGUACAGAAAGAAGACGCACACAGACCAGUACCUGAACUUCACAUCCCAGCAUGCUCUUAACCACAAACUCUCAGUCAUAAGAACUCUGUUGGAUUGUAAGGACAACAUCGUUUCGAACCAACCGGACCGAGAGACCGAGGAGGCCCAUAUCAAGAAUGCCCUCGGGAAAUGUGGAUAUCUGGCUUGGGCUUUCACCAAAGUCGAACAACAGCGUGGCAGGGGCAAGAACACUCAAUCUAAUGCUAAAGCCAAGCAGCAAGCCCCAACCAAGAAGACACCCCCCAUCGUACUGCCCUACAUCCAGGGGAUCACAGAGCCAAUCUCGCGGUUCAUGAAGCAGGCGGGUAUCUCAACGGCGAGUAGACCCCACACGACCGUGAAGCAACUCCUCGUCCAUCCCAAAGACAAACCAGACAUGUCGAACAUUACUGAUUGCGUGUAUCAGAUUCCAUGCGGAAACUGUCCCAAAUCGUACUUUGGGGAGACGGGGAGAAAAUUUGGAACUUGGAUAAAGGAACAUCAAACGGAUGUGUCCCAAAACACGGAUAAGAGACAGUUCACUCGCAGCCAGAGGAAAACAUCCCUCGGGGAAUUUCAUAAAUCGGCAAUAACGGACCAUGUUGCCCAGGACAAUCAUUCCAUCAGUUGGCGGGACAGCAAGGUAAUAGACCGGGAACCCAAUCGAUACCUUCGCUGGAUAAAGGAGUCGAUAUGGAUCAGAAAAACACCCAACAUGAAUAGAGAUGAAGGGGGCUUCAAACUACCUCACGUAUGGGACCACGUUUUGUUGGCCACUACCUCUAGUGGUCAACAGAAGAACUAA